ACGCGAGACAUGGUAUCUCUCCAGACCAGGUUAACACAAGCCUCUGACAAAAUAGCGGCAUUUCAUGACAAUACUAAUUCCCGAUAUGACAAUAAAGGCGUGGAAACUGUGGGCCAAACAGCAAAUUCACCCGGGAUUCUUCGAAACCGGGCCAGACAUGUCGAACAUUCAUAGCUUUGACGAAGAGCUGGGCCGCUAUCUAACCAAUGCCAGCAAAGAAGUCAUCCGACGACUCGAGAAAGUCGUAUGGGACGAGGAAGCACAAGCACCUGCAGAGAAAACGAAGCAAAGGAUCUACCUCUCGAUGUUUUCCGGCCCAUCGCGAGUCCAGAUAUACCAAGCUCCCUCCGCCGCGGAAUUGGAGGCUCUGAGGAUUAUCAACGGCCUGGUGCUUCCUUCCGAUGUCGUUAACUUACUCACCCAG